AUGUUCAGUGUUGCGUGAACAUACUCAGAAUGCUUCCAGACAUGAUUGCAGAGGAAGAAUUCGAGAUUAAAGAGGAGGAACAGUGGUAUGACCACCGAGAUCUGGAACAUGAUCUUCAUUUGGCCGCUGAGCUAGGCAAAACCCUCCUGGAGAGGAAUCAUGAAUUGGAAGAAGGUCUCCAGCAGAUGUAUACUACAAACCAAGAGCAGCUACAGGAAAUCGAGCAUCUAUCUAAGCAGGUGGAAAUGCUCAGGUCAGUGAAUGAUCAGCAUACUAAAGUCUAUGAGCAACUAGAUGCAACUGCACAAGACUUGGAACAGAGCAACCAAAGACUCGCCCUGGAAAACCGCUCAGCCCAGCUUAAGAUCGAGGGGCUUACGGAGACCAUAACCAUGCUGCAGGGUCAGGUGGAAGAGCUGCAGAGGGAGAUUGAGAAGGUGACACCAGAUCUUCUGGAGCCAGUGAAGUCAGACAUUAGCCAAUCAGACAAGUUUCCACCCAAUGAGCACUCCUUAUCUCAUCAUAGCGCUUCCUCCUCUCUAGAGGAAGAUGAGUGGAAAGAGCACACAGCCCUUUUGAACUCAGUGCACUCACUGGAGGCCCAGCUGAAUUCAGAGCGAACCCUAAGAGAGACUGCCGAGCAGGAGGCCGAGGUUCUGGCCCGAGAGAUCAGUGAGCUGGAGCAACGUGUGACUCUGUUGGAAGGCUAUAAGGCUCGUCUGGCUGAGGUGGAGGCUGAAGUUGAGGAACUACAGCAGCUGUUGCGUUCCGAUUCAACCUCAUGCAUGCUUCCAGGCACUCCGUUCUUCCCUUUAGAGGAGGAAGCGAGUGAGAUGUGGGAGACAAGGCAAGUUCCAAAGCUCUGCAACAGCGAGAGGCAACUGCUGAAAGCUGGCAGACAGGAUGAGGACCUGAGAAACGAAGAACACACUGAUGCCUAUAGGGGGCAUUUAGAGAUAGUGAAAAGCCAUGGUAUGUCAUUGCUAAAUGAGGUAGACGCUCAGUACAGUGCCUUACAGAGGAAAUAUAAUGCGCUUCUGAGCCGCUGUGAAGAUGGGUCGCAGUCACAGUGCGACAAAGCAGUGCAGACAGCCACAUCCAAUCAGUACUUGAUGCUAAAUCCAGUCAAACAGACACGUUCUCAGCUCCCUGAAUACAAAAUGCUCUUCAAUGAGAUUUUCACUUACAUCCAAAAUAGCAAAAAGGACUUAGAGAUGAACAGGGUCAAGUCAAUUAAAAACAGUUAAAUACUGUGCAUUUUCUAUGUUCAACUUCCAAGGACUUUUAGAUUAGUCGUCCACAGGAAUUGCCAAAUCUCCCAGUAGGCAUCAGGUAUAAAAAGGCAGUAGGAGACUGUCUGAAUUAACUGCAAUCACAAAGGAAUAAGGAUAUUUAAAGCACAGCCAACCUAGAGCUUCAGAUCUCACGUUUUAUUGCAGAUAUAGACCUAACUGAAAAAUAUUAUCUCCCUUCGAGUCUUGCUGUACAUGACAAUGAGUGAUCUUUUGUAAUUUUUUUUUUUGCAUUAUUUUUUACGCAUUAUUAUAUGCAUCUCUGAUGCUUUAGUGGUGCUGCCACAAAGAAAGUUGAUAGGAAAAGAGCUGCACUUUGAUUCAGAAUUUAAGAAAUCCUUUAUCUAACUUGUCCACGUCUCAGAGGUCACAACAGCUCUACCCGAGACUCGUAUAUCAGCAACGGUCAGUAUUUAAUCAAUGUAUCAGGUUUAUAGAAAUACAUGUGGAGUAUGCCCUGAUAUCUCUCUCACACACACAAUCUUCUUCUUCCACAGACAAUGUGAAACUAGUACAAGAAACCUAACAAUUAUUAAAUCUUUGAAUUUU